AUGAACGGCGGUGGUGUCCCAUUGGCGGCGCCACCAUCCACCCGUCUUUCCUCGGUCGCGGCAACCGUCCUCCGACAAUGCCGGAACACGCCGGAGCUGAAGCGGGCACACGCCGCCCUCCUUGUCCGCGGCUUUCCCCUGCCCGCGGCCUCGCCGUCUCUCCUCCGAACCGCCGUCUCCCACGCCGCGCUCCACCCCUCCGGCGACCUCCGCUACGUCUUCUUUCUCCUCCUCUUCUCUCUUCCCGCCGUCUCUCCCUCCCCAGCCUGUUCCGCCGCCGCGGCCGUCCGCUUCCUCUGCAACACGGUCAUUCGAGGCCUCGCCAAGCGGCCGCGUCUCCCGGGGGCUCUCUCUCGCUCAUCCCUCAUUUUCCGGCGGAUGGCUAGGGCCGGAGUUUCUCCCAGCGGCUUCAGCUUCACCUUCCUCCUCCAGGCCUGCGCCGGCGGCUCUCUGGGGCCUGGAUCUGCCCUCGGGAUCCAGCUUCACGGCGCCGCCGUGAAGAACGGCGUCCUCCUCGGCGACGUCUGUGCCAGAAAUUCCCUGAUCCGAUUCUACUCCUCGUGCGGCGCGAUGGAGGAGGCCAGAAGAGUCUUCGACGAGGCCGGCGCCGGCGGAAUCGACGUGGUCUCCUGGAAUUCCCUCAUCGACGGCUGCCUCAACAACGGUGACGUCGCUGGUGCGCUCCUCCUGUUCGACAGAAUGCCGGAGAGGAACACCGUCUCUUGGAACAGCAUGGUCACCGGACUGGUCAGGAACGGCAGGUUGGACGCCGCACGGUGCCUGUUCGACGGAAUGACCGAGAGGAACCUCGUCUCCUGGACAGUGAUGAUCUCGGGGUACACUCAGAGCGGGCAGCCGAAGGAGGCCUUGUCUCUCUUCCGAGAGAUGCAGCUGGUCCACCGGGAGCUCAACACCUCCGCCAUUGUCAGCGCCCUCUCUGCCGCCUCGCAGAUGGGUUCUCUGAACCACGGGCAGUGGAUCCACGCCUACGUCAGGAGGAAAAGGGUGAGAAUGGAACCGUCGCUCUCCACGGCAAUCGUCGGCAUGUACGCCAACUGCGGGAGCAUCGAGCUAGCGAUGCAGCUGUUCCAGGGCUUUAAGCCACCGGAGAAGGACUUGUCGACGUACACGGCGGCGAUCUUCGGGUUGGCCAUGAACGGCCAUGGCGGGGAAGCUCUCCAACUCUUCGAACAGAUGAGGAGCGAAGGGCUCGAGCCGGAUCGAGUGUCUUACCUGGCCGUUUUGUGUGGCUGCAAUCACAUGGGCUGGGUCGAUCGGGGUUUCUACUACUUCCACAGCAUGGUUGAUGAGGAUGGGAUAGCGGCAGAACUGGAUCAUUACGCAUGCAUGGUCGAUCUUCUUGGCCGAGCAGGGCACUUGAAGGAGGCAGUGGAGUUCAUCUCUUCCAUGCCUGUGGAGCCGGAUAACGUAAUCUGGAGAUCUCUCCUUAAUGCGUGCAGAAUUCAUGGAGAUGCAGAGCUGGGCAGGAGAGUGGGGGAGUUUCUGAUCGAGUCCGAUCGGCUCCAUGACGGGCCCUACAUUGCUCUAUCCAAUAUCCUCGUGGAGUGCAAGAACAUGGGCAGUGCUGAACGAGUCAGGCAAACCAUGAGAAGCAGAAGCAUCAGGCGGGAGCCUGGGUUUAGUUCUAUUGAGGUCAACGGUGUUUUUCACGAGUUUGCGGCGGGGGACAAGUCCCAUGAGAAGACCGGUGAGAUAUACCGGAAAUGGGAGGAAAUUGCAGGAGAGAUCAGGAGGUUCGGGUACGCUGCAGAGACGAGAGGGAUUGGCUUUGAAUGUGAAGAAGAGGAGAAGGAAAUCAUCAUCGGGUACCACAGCGAGAAGUUAGCCAUUGCCUUCGGGUUCAUCAUCACAGAGGAUGGAUCUCCAUUGCGAAUAGUGAAGAAUAUCCGGAUCUGCGGGGAUUGCCACAACGCGAUGAAGCUUAUUUCCAUGGUUUUCAAGAGGAAAGUGGUGGUCAGGGAUAGGAAAAGGUUUCAUCAUUUUGAGGUUGGGACCUGUUCGUGUAUGGACUAUUGGUGA